GUGUCUGCCUAAUUUGAGGACACGCAUUGGUUUGUCACGAGCAACGAAGAAAAUAAUCACACACUUCUGUGCGAGCUGAUCACGAUUCGUCACACCUGAGGUUACGUUCCCACUUGCGGCCUCCACCACUGCGAUCGAAUGGCACCCGCGCAAAGAGAUUGGUGUGAUUCCGACGACUCCGACGACUCCAUAGUUGAGUGUUUUGACUACCUGCGCAUCAACUCAUCUUCCACUUCCGCCUCAUCACCAACGCGAAAACUAAAUGACAGCCAUCUCCUGCGUCUGCCCAACGAGCUGCUGCUGCGAAUAGUAGAAUACCUUGCGCCUACAAAGGGUUUGCUCAUAAACCAAGGGUAUGGUGACCGCGGCUAUGGGAGCGGAUAUGGGGUAAGCCGGGAAGAGUCAAAGGAGAUUGAGCAGGCGCGUUGGAGACAUGGAGCAGAAAUCCAGAGUCUACUUUUCGCGAGUCUGACAUGCAAGCGGCUCCUCCCAAUAGCCCAAGCCAUUUUGUAUCGCGACGUCUCCCUGCCUCAGCCAUACCGCUCGCAGUUGCUGAAGAACAGAGCCCCUUCUUUCUUGGCGCCCUUUUUACGUACGAUAAUCCAUCGUCCAGAGCUAGGCGUCCGUGUGCGCAGCCUGGCUGUUUGGUUCUGGCACGAGUCGCCAGCUAAGGUUCCCAAAGACUAUGAGAGGGACAGGCUCUGCAAUUGUGGCAGCUGUGAGAAGACAUUGAGUAGCGCUGUUGACUUACUCCGGCUAUCGAUUGAGGAAGAGGAGUCGUUACUAGAGGACUUCAUAUCUCCUUCAGAGGCUGCAGUGUGUGGCGUCGUUUUCGCGACACUUCCCAAACUUCAGAUCGUGGAACUAUACACGAAACGUCAUUUUCGAGAACCUCCUACUAUCGAAAAUCGCUUCUGGGAUUCAGCGUUCAACAUCACCCCUUUAACACAGGGUUUGUCAUCCACCAGGUUAUCGGCACUCACACUUUCCACUGGGUUUGAAGGUCUCGGCGCGACUCCAUUUUCCACUCUCACCAACCUGACUCUCGAGUACGGUAGGACUUGCUCAUUCCUCGCAGUGCACAGGGGUUGCUGGGUUAACGUAAAUACCCUCAAAGUCAUUUUCACAAAAAAGAACUUCUUACCGUCAGCCCGUCGAUCUUUUCAUGACCGGCAAAUGUUUGAGGAGAAGCUGCUAGCCCUCAUGGAGAGUUUCCCUAAUCUGCGGAUCUUCGGGGUCGAGUCUGGCCCAACUCUGGCCUGGUACCCUAUCCUGGCUGGUGUCGAUACCCUCGCGAUUCACCAAGCGGAUCAAGAUACCCUGGUCUCACUUGAUGAUUAUCUCAUGGGCAAAUUCGCGCCUCCAAAGGAUUUACGACGCCUAGAGGUACAUUGGCGUGGCGAUUUGGCCCCGCCUGAUCAUAUACUGGCAAAGUUUCCGGAGAUGGCGAAGAGGGCGGGGGUCACAAUUGUCACUCUAGCUGAUGGAGAGGUUUGUGAGGUCCACGAAUGAGUACUGGAACUUUCUCCGAUGAUGGACUUCAGUGGUGUAGUACCAUAGAAACAUAACAUUAAAAUCUAACGAAUACCAACAUUGAAUAGCACC